AUGGAGCCCUCUAGGACACAUCAGAGUGUUGCGCACAAAGCGGAUCGCAGGGUGAGAGAACUUUACCGCUAUUAUCAGCCUGCUGGCCCCUCCGGCUUGAUUCCCUCUUGGCUGCCCCCGGGUGAAGAUUUACCGUCCUCUGGCUCUGCAGGGACCCCGAGCACCCCGGCUGCUGGCGAUGGCUCGACACAAGGCAGCAGUAGUGCCACCUCGCGCCCAUCCACUGCGGUAGGCCCAGAAGCGCUCGUGCUGGGUUCGACCAACAAUACCUUGACUUCAUUUGCGCAACUUGCGGCACUGCGUUUGAACGCAGAGCGCGCUUUUAUUGUCGUUCUUGAUCGAGACCGCCAGUAUAUUCUUGCGGAGGCUACGAAAUCGGUCAAUUUAAAUGAUAAAAAUGUACAUGACCACAAGGAUAACCUUUGGAUUGGAUCAACCGGAAGUCGCAGGGCAUGGAGCUUAUGCCAGGAAACUGCUGCUUUACCCCCAUCUGAUCGCGAAAACCCCCAUUACGAACAUCUUAUAGUCAAUAACCUGGCGGAACACGACCGUUAUAGCCAGCUACCUUUUGUUGCAACCGACCCGAAUUUUCGAUUCUUCGCGGGAACGCCGUUGACGACGGACAAUAACAUCAAUUUGGGAUGCUUUUUCGUGAUGGACAAAAAUCCCCGAAAUGGCUUGACAUCGUUGGAAAAGGAUACCCUCGGAUCGCUGUCGACAUUGGUGAUGGAUUAUAUGAAAAUUUGUCGACAGGCGUCCGAAGGCCGACGAGCGGCACGCCUUUCCAAAGGGCUGAGCUUUUUCGUUGAAGGAAGCUCGAGCUUCAUCGACAGUGUCGAUUCAUCCCGCGCAGAUAGUUGUCCUCCGCAUUCUGUAACGCCAGCGUCCACAAAUAAUCGUAUCAGCAUGUCCGGGGGAUCUCGUGGGAGUCACAAUUCUGACCGGCCUUCCCACGAGGUAUCGCAUAGCCCACCGAAUGACCGAUCUCUCAGCAGCGAUGCCCGAUCCAUGAGUUCCGGUGUUUCGGGCGCGUCGUUCUCGAAAGAGAAUACGGGAACUUCUGGCGCGGCUAGUUCGCUCCCGGAGUGGCUCACUAGCAGUAGCCGCAAUCGACUGCCCCCUGACGAUUCGCAUGGUAAUUCGUGGUGCUUCCGUCGUGCAGCGAACCUCCUUCGUGAAAGUCUCGAUUUGGAUAACGAUGGUGGUGUUAUCUUCUAUGAAGCCACCAACAACAACUUCAUGGAUGGGGAUGGUGGAAGUGACUGCUCUGGUAGUGAUACGGGUGGCCCUGCAACGAUUCUAUCCAUGUCUACCAACGAAGAUCCUUUCUCGCCUCGAGCCGGAUCGGCGGUUACGUCUCCAGCGGCAAAUCUGGAUCGGUCAUUCCUUAGCUUGAUCCUUCGGCGAUAUCCAAGAGGCAAGUUGUGGUCUUUCCAUCGUGAUGGCAUGAUCUCAACAUCCGAUGAUGAUGAUCAGAAGCCUCGCGAUGGGGGAACACCGUCUACCAAUCGUUCGCCCCCUGGUGCUCCGGCUAUCGAUGUCACAAAGCCGCUGGGCAAGAAGAAGAAGGCUGUGGAGAAUUCUUGGCUCAAUCAGUACUUCCCGGGCGCUACGCAGAUCAUGUUUGUACCCCUGUGGAAUGCAGUAAGCUCACAGUGGUUCGCUGGUUGCUUUUGCUAUACGACUCUCGAAACCCAAGUGUUCUCUUCUUCCGUUGAGCUAAGCUCCGUCCUUGGCUUCGGCUCGUCGGUUAUGGCUGAGUAUAGCCGCGUGGAAUCUCUUAUUGCCGAUCGACAGAAGGGUGACUUUAUCGGCAGUAUCUCUCACGAGCUCCGAAGUCCACUUCAUGGUAUCCUUGCGGCAGCUGAGUUCUUGAAUGGCACCCAUCUCAACGAAUUCCAAGACUCUCUUCUCGAAACAGUCAAUGCUUGUGGCAGAACACUCCUCGAUACAAUGAAUCAAGUUCUGGAUUUCAGCAAGGUAGUCUCUCUGGAGCGAACUUGGCGCUCUUUGAAACGGAGGAAGGAAUCCCCCCUUGAUUUCAAAGGGAACGACAAGCUCGCAUCUCAUCUGGACUCGUACGUGGAUACGGAUCUUGCCAUCCUGGCCGAAGAAGUUGUGGAGGGAAUCUGUCUCGGUCAUGCAUAUGGUCAAAGCUCUACCGCGUCUGCCGACCUGCCAGUUCUACUCUCUCACAAUAUCACGAAACAUGCGGGCGCUCGCAAUAAUGUUGACGUGUCGAUUGAUGUUCAACACCAGGACUGGGUAUACCGCACUCAGCCAGGUGCUUUACGUCGAAUCAUCAUGAAUAUAUUCGGCAACGCGAUGAAGUAUACCGAAGAAGGCCGAGUCUGUCUGACCCUAGAGGCUGUCAGUCAUUCCGAGGGUCGUUCCCGCCGACAGGGCCUAGAAGACAUGGUCACUCUGACAGUGUCAGAUACCGGAAGAGGCAUUUCGGAGGAAUUCCUGCGCGGCAAGCUGUACACGCCAUUUGCCCAGGAAGAUUCUCUUGCUGUCGGCACAGGGUUGGGCCUUUCUAUUGUACGCAGCCUUGUCAGGGCGCUGAACGGCCACAUCCGCAUUCGCAGUCGCCCCGGUGAAGGUACAAUUGUCCGCGUAACCUUACCCUUGGCACGACCGGUCGGUGAAGAGAGUCCACCAGUUGAGCCGCAUACCUAUAACGUCCAACAGCGCGAAAUCCUGACCCAAACGCUUACGCUUCGGGAAGGUUACCCUGGGAAACGGGCUGCCAUUUGGGGCAUCGACCCUGAGAACCUCGACCAGAAUGAAACGUCGGGUGGAAUCACCAAGUAUCUUACUGAAUGGUUUGGUAUUGAGGUCGUUGCCUGGCCUUGUUCGCUACCAUUGGACAUCUUGAUCAUACGAGAGAUUGAUCUCCAAGACUUGCGAAAAGUUGAGCUUUCUGCAACCCUUCCUUCUCUUCUGAUCCUUUGCUCCAAACCCGUGGAUUACAGCAUGGCGCAGUCUGAGUGGUUGCCUCUUGCUUCCUCCGUGGACAUCAUCAGACGCCCGUGCGGUCCCCACAAACUGGCUCGCAGCGUCUUGAAGUGCCUGCGAAACUCUCGAUCUGCGGUUGUCACGCCUGCGUGCGUGGCGAAAGAUCCCAUGGAUUCUAUGGAUCUCGUCAUUCGACCUCCACCAAUGACUUCUAGCCUUCCCUCUCCGACCAGCCCCUGCCCUAUUGACGACUCUCUCCCGGAUAUUGGGCCUGAGAAGACAAUCGGUACUGGCCCGACAUCUCUGGGCGAGCUUCCUCCUGACGCCCCGUCGGUCAUUUCCGCACCACCAGAAGUUAUCGCUGCCGCCCCUCUCCCUCGACCACUCGGCGAAGGGGCCAUUGAGACAAAGCGCCCGACACAGGUCCUCGUGGUGGAUGACAACCGCAUCAAUCUCAAUCUUAUGAUGACGUUCAUGAAGAAGCGUCAUCUUUCCGAACUUGUUGCGGCAGAGAAUGGCAAGCUAGCUGUGGAGGCAGUCGAGCGGAUGUCGACUGGCUUUGAUAUCAUUUUCAUGGAUAUGUCGAUGCCGGUUAUGAACGGGUUUGAAGCAACCCGUGCAAUCCGCGCACUGGAGCGAGAGAGCGAUGGCCGCAGGCCGGCAAUUAUCAUCGCUCUGACUGGACUGAGCAGUUCGCGCGAUGAAUCCGAGGCUUUGGCUUCCGGCGUGGAUUUCUUCCUUACAAAACCAGUAUCUUUCCGGAAGGUUUCCCGCCUUCUGGACGAAUGGGAAAGGGAUGGUCUUGAAAAGGAGCGGAAACAAGAAACAUGA